UGUUUCGGCCCGAGGAACAAGUAUUUGUGGGCUCAGGCCUGCGAACCACCAAGUAGACUGGAAUUCGAGGCAUGGCGGCGGAGGGAGCGGAACUUGGUUCCCCGGCGCCGGCGCAGCCGCCGGCACCGAAGCGGCGGAAGAUCGAACCGUCUCGGAGGAGCAGACCACCUCAAACUGCUGUUGAUAAGGACAAAGUGGCGGCAUCAUCCAAUUCAUCGGUUUCAGGUACACCGCUAGCAAGAGUGGAUCUCAACAAAGUUAGAGAGGCAAAGAUAUUUGCUGUCCUUCAAGCACAGCACGAGGGAUGCCUGGGAAGCUUCAAAAGCUUUGAUUCUCUGUUUGGAAAUUAUCUUGUUCCUGUUACCCCAAGUGAUGAAUUCUUCGAGCAAAUUGCAAAGAAGUGAUCCAACAAAUUUGACAGCCGUGAAGAGGUAGGAUGAUGAUCCUGUUCUAUCCUGCUACAUCCUCGACAUUAUUCCUGCUAGAUUUACUAACAGAAAAAUAGUGAAGAUCUCAAGACAAAAUGUAUUUUAUUUGGAAAUUGAGGUUCUGUGCUUCAAAUGAGAAACCGAUUUUCAUGCAUGCCUGUAGAUACCCCUACCUUGUAAGAUCCCCACAGUAUCAAAACGUAAAACUACUCCUUUUGCAGUGGUAUAAAAGAGUGGCAUUUUGGCAAGUA